GGUCACGGUCAGGGUUUCCCCUGUGAUACCAUCCCAGGGGUCAGACACCAAAAAUCAGGAGAGUAACGCCGGAGUGGGGGGCAGGAGACCACCAUCUUCCCUGGCCUCGGCCCACUGAAAUCACUGUGUGGUGGUAGCCAUCUUGACUAAGGGCAGCCUGUGGUGUCAGCCCCAUUGGCAGGGAUGGGAGAGGGUGGCUAUUUUGAAGAAGGGCAAAAAACUGCAAAGGUGCAGAAGAUCACAAGAUGCUGAAACCCCCCGAUAAACAUUGGGAGGCUCCUGACAGAGUCAGGAGAGCUGGAAUUGCUGCCCCGCUCCCAGCUCUAACCCCCACCACAUCCAUGUCACUGGCAGGUCCAUGAUGCCGUGAUGACCAUAAAUUGUGGAAACCCGGCAGCGCAGGAGAUGCUGGUGGACUCGUGGCUUGAGUUCAAAGCUGUCCUCACAUGGCCAUGCAAAGAGGGGCUGCCCCUUACUCUGGCAGAGAAACUGUCCAGGGCAUCCCCUGUGCCACCCCUGCUGGAAUCUGCCGAGGGCCCAUUCACACCAGAGAUGCUGAUCCUGAGCUGCUCCUCCAAGCUGCGGCUGAUGGAGGGGACAUUACGGAGGCACUUGCCCGAUACAUUGCUGGUCUAUGGCACCGUGAUGACCAUAAACCGGGGGAACCCAGCUGCGCAGGAGGUGCUGGUGGAUUCAUGGCCUGAGUUCAAAGUCGUCCUCACCCGGCCACAGAGAGAGGUGGCAUCGGAUGACUCUGAUUUGUACACCAACACAUACACAGUGUACUACCGGGACGUAGGUGCCUACCAGGCCCUGCUGGCCAGUGCGGGUGCUGUCAACUGGGGACAGACCUUCCGCAUCCUUGGAAUCCGGGAUGGAAUGUAUGAAGUCUCCAAGGACGUCGCCGAAGCUAAGGGGAUCAAGCUGGAGGUGUUGCGCUACUUCACCUAUUUUCACCCAGAUCCCAACUCCAUGCCUGAGAUCCGGCUGGACCCAGCCAUGAGGCUCUCGUCCCUGGAUGUCUCCCACGCUGACCUGCUGAAUGAUACAUGGAGCUUUGGGGGGAACGAGAAAAGCAGGAAGUACCUGGCCAGCCUGAUCCGCCACUUCCCCAGUAUCUGCCUGCUGGAUGCUGCUGGCCACCCGGUCAGCUGGGUCGCUUCAUACCCGUUUGGUGCCAUGGGGCCUGGCUACACUCUGCCCCAGCACCGGCGGUGCGGCUACAUGGGGAUGCUGACUAAUUUGUUAGCCAAGCGGUUGCACGCACUAGGCUAUCCCAGCUACGGCUAUGUGGCCAUGGAGAACUACCCCAUGCAGAGGUUGCAGGAGAGUCAGGGCUUCCAGCGCCAGCCCAACCUGUGGUACUUCAUUCUUCACAACCCAGCACUGGUGAAAGACCCCACGUUAACCCCCAGGCCAGCACCAGGCACAGCCCUGGCGUGAGUCCCCAGCCCAACCGCCCAGGGGACCUGACAAGGGAGGAGGUGUAGGGGAGUCUGGGGAUCAUUGUUGGCCAAGUGGAAUCAGUAACAUCUCCCAACUCCAGCCUCACAUGGGCCCUGCUACCCCCAGCCCCACAGGCCUUGCUCUCCCCCACAGCCCUAUACCCACCUUUAGAGGUUCGGUCCUAAUCUCCAGGGCCCAUAACCUGCCCUUUUUGAUGGACCCUACCACCCUAGACCCAUACACACAGCACUCCCAUCCCACUUCCCUGCACUGCCCCAUCCCAGUUCCUCUUCCAGACACUCCAGCAACGGCUCAAUGAUCUUCCACCCAAUCUAACUGCAUGCUCAUCUGCCUCCUGCAUCUGCUCUGCUCCUCCUCCCUUGCUUUCCCUGGGACAUCCUGCUCAGCGUAUUGCAUCUCUAACUCUUCCACAGUCACUGUGUCACCUUCCCCAUCCCCUGCCAGAGACAUCUUCCCCAGAUCUCUUUCUCCCCCACUUCCUUGGGGCUUGUCAUGUCUCUUGCUGUUCCACCCUGCUCUCAUCAGCUCUUUUCCCCAUCUCAUGGACAAUACAAGUUGGAGCAGCUUUAAGUGGGGUGGGAGGGGCUGGGAAAUAGGUCCCCAUUCAGCAACAUCUUGAGCACAGCGUGCUCUAACCCAUGAUGCUUCUAACCCAUGAUGGAUCUGCCUGUUCCGCAUUGAUACUAACCAGCCCGAGAGUGUUCCCAUGCAAAGGACUCCCUCAAGGGCCAGUCUGUCUCAGUAACUCAAGAGUUAAAUACCUCCCCGCGAUGUUGAUUAUCCUCAAACCAAACUUCACUAUCCCCAAGGACUCCAGGCCUGAGGUCACACUCAAAAGCAAUCCAGACAUGUUAAAUUCAGUACCACACAGCCAAGACACCCAAAUCCCUUUAACUCUGCCCACUGACAUUGACCGAUAUUAGGAAGCGUUUUGGGCUUUGUGAUCCCAGCUGUGAUUAAACUGAUUGUUGAAGACA